AUGAGUGGUUUCUUUAAACUUGUCAAUAGGGCAAAGAAGUUGGUUAAACUUGAGGAUUUGGUCAAAGAGUUGCGAAUUGACAUUGACAAAAACUUGGAGCCUGAGCUUGAUGCUCAUCAGUGUUGUAUUUAUAGGGUUCAUAAAUAUCUUUGUAGCGUAAAUGAAGAAGCCUACACACCUCAAUUAGUUUCAAUAGGUCCUUUUCACCAUGGAAAAGAAGAAUUAGCUAACAUGGAAAAGAUAAAAAGACAAUAUGUGAAAAGUUUUGUUGAAAGAAUAACAAUAGAUAAUCGAGAUAAAAUUUUAAACUUUAUCAAGGAUAAUGACAAAAACAUUCAGUUAUUAUUAAGGGAUCAACUUGAUUUUGAUGUAAGUGAUUUAUUACUAUCUACACCAACGGCAAAAGCAUCUUUAUGUUUGGACUUUCAGUUACUCGAAAAUCAACUUCCAUACUUCGUCCUCGAGAAAAUAUGUGAGUUAGCUCUUGCUGGCCUUAACAUGCAUACCUUCAUGUUUCUUUCAUGGUAUUUUUUCUGGCCUUUCAACGAUUUGGAAUUGAGUAUAUUAACACCCCAGCAACAAAUCCAAUAUUUUGAAGUACUUGAGAUGCAAAUACCACAUUUAAAAAUAUUCGACAUCACCGAAAGUCUACUUAGAAACGUUAUGGCUUUGGAGCAAUGUCAUUACCCAUGGAAUACUCAUGUUUGCAAUUACGUUAGGAUAAUGAAUUAUCUUAUUGAUACUGAAAAAGAUGUGGACUUGCUUGUUGGAAAUGGAAUUAUUUCCAAUUAUGAUAUGGGCGACAAUGCUUCGGUAGCAAGUAUGUUUAACAAACUUGGCCUAUUUAUCAGUGUCAGCGGAUCCUCUUACUAUGGCAUUUGCGAGGAACUCAAGAGACACUAUAACAAUCCAGGGAAUAGAAGGAAAGCAACUUUGAAAAGAGUAUAUUUCAACAAUCUUUGGAGAGGCACAACAACUGUUGCAGCAGUUUUACUCCUACUGCUCACUAUCAUACAAACCAUAUGUUCUAUUUUGCAAGUUGUGUGAUUGUAAUGUAAUUGUGUAUUGAAGCUUGUUGUCUUAAUAA